AUGUACAGAGCGAUUCAUUGAAUUCCUUUAAAUGUUAUGUACGAAGAUUAGAUCAUAAUUCAUAUUUCGGUGAGAAUAUUUUUAGAAGAGCAGUACAACCAAACAUGACGACCUUUUAAUAUAAAGGACUGGGAUUUGGAUUACGGCAAAAUACUUGGAUUUAUUCUGUUCAAAAGAUUAAUCUUAACUCUUGGUAACUUUAAUAUACUCUUAAGAUAUGAUUUUAAAAUCUUCCUCUGCGAAUCAAAGUAUUGUGAGAAUGCCAGAAGUUUGAAUCUACAACAUUUAAGAAAAAUAUGAAAAUAAUUGUGGUCCAUUUGUAUUUUGUUUGUGUUCAGCUUUGUGACGCGACAUGUACGUUUCCAGAGGAAUUGGCAGGAGACUGGCAUGCAAGCGAUAUCGGAGAUGUGGUAUUUCAUAGAAACAAAAUGGACUCGAAAAGUAAAAUUGUCAAUUUUGGAAUUCGAAGAUUUGAAUGCAUGACGAGAGAAGAAAACCGAUACCUUCUGACGUCAGACGUCUUUAACUUCUAUGGUUCACCCUUCCGACUUGGGUUGUGUUGGGAGUUACAACGAAUAUCAGCUACACAAUACACUUACUACGCAGCUACAGAAGUGUUACCAAAUACAGCAAAUGCAAGAUUGCUAUUCCGCUUGCACACAGCAGACUUUAACAUUACAAGAGAUUGUCAAUUUAAGUCUUCUUAUGAUCCAUGGCAGUCUAGAGUUCUUUUGAAAUUUAGUGCCCUGAGUACAAAACAAUGUCCUUUAAUUCUUCAAGCAAAUUUUACGUAUACCUUUGAUCCUGGAAACGGAAACCAAUGCAAUGCAAAUACUUCCUUAGAUGUGUGCUCAGAUACUUCAAGGAUGGAUUUUAACUACAACUUCUGUGCUGUUGAGCAAGGAUAUUCAGCGACUGGAGAGUUAUCAUGCGUCCAACAGGAAGCACACAAUGGCAGCAUUUAUCUGAUUGUUUACAAUAAUGAUAGAAAUACCCCGGAUGAAGUCAGCAGAUUUAGAUUUACAUGCUAUGUAAUGCAACAGGACAAAAGCGAUUCACGUCUUAUUCACGUGACGCAAUAUCCACAGGCGUGUUUGGACGAAAAUUCUCAAACACCUCUUCAAGUACUGGGGCCAGGAGCGUACCUCAAGCUUAAUCUGUCUAGUCAAGGGCAAGGACAGAAAAAGGACUCUUCCUCCGAUCUGGUGAGCAUUGGUGCCAUAUCUGCAGUUGUGGGCGUAUGCGGCAUAUUUCUGUUGAUUCUCUCUUCGGUAUGUGGAGUUAAACUCUACAAAAAGUAUAAAGCAAACCCAGUGCAGCCUGUUCGGAGCCCGAGUGUGUCCUCUGUCGACUCCUUUGAUCGAGUACAAUCAAUGUUCAGUCUGGAUGGACGGAUUUCUCCAUUUUCACUUCGCCCGACGCUUUCAGAAAUAGCCUACAAACGCUUCGGUCCUUCAAAUGAGGAAUUCGAUUAUUUAGAUGAAGAUAUAUAUAACGACGAUGUGUCACUUUGUGAUUCACUGAACGAUACCAAGUUUUCUAACAGUGUGGAAGCCUCAUGUGACCAGUCUGGGUUAAUUGACUAUGCAAUAAGUACUGGGAUGACUGAUAAUGAGGACUGGUAAUUAACACUAUCGGAACUGAUGUUAGAACAUUUAUUUGAUGAUUUUUCUUUAUAUUGAAUGCAGUCGUAAAUUAUUCUUUAAUUGUCCAGUGAAUUUAAUAUCCAAUCUGAUUCAUAUCAGAUCUUUGUAUACGCUCCAACAUUCUGAUGGUUGCUGUACAAACAGGAGCUAGGCGCUUUUGAUUGACAUUCGGCAGAACUCUGGGCGUACUUGAAAAUGAAAAUCUUAUCGACAUUUCACAUGAAAUUUUGGCAAUUUUAUUAGCUCACCUGAGCCAAAGGCUCAAGUGAGCUUGUCCGUUGUCUGUCAUCGUUGUCGUCGUCGAAAACUUUUCACAUUUUUGACUUCUUCUCAAGAACCGCUUGGCCAAUUUCAACCAAACUUGCCAUGAAGCAUCCUUGGGUGAAGAAAAUUCAGGUUUAUUCAAAUGAAGGGCCACACCCUCAUUCAAGGGGAGAUAAUUGGGAAUUAAUGAAAAUUUGGUGGUGAGUUUUAAAAAUCAUCUUCUCAAGAACCACUGUGCCAGGAAAGAUGAAACUUAUGGGGAAACAUCCUCAGGUAGUGUAGAUUCAAGUUUGUUCAAAUUAUGACCCCCGGGGGUAGGGCGGGGCCACAAUGGCCGACCAAAUUUUUACAUAGAAAUAUAUAGGAAAAUUCUUUAAAAAUCUUCUUCUCAAGACUAACAAAGCCAUAAUUGAUCAUAUUUAUGUGGAAACAUCCUCAGGUAGUGAAGAUUCAAGUCUGUUCAAAUCAUGACCCCCGGGGGUAGGGCGGGGCCACAAUGACCGACCAAAGUUUUACAUAGAAAUGUAUAGGAAAAUUCUUUAAAAAUCUUCUUCUCAGAAAUAACAAAGCCAUAAUUGAUCAUAUAUAUAUAUGGAAGCAUCCUCAGGUACUGUAGAUUCAAGUUUGUUCAAAUCAUGACCCCCGGGGGUAGGGCGGGGCCACAAUGGCCGACCAAAGUUUUACAUAGAAAUGUAUAGGAAAAUUCUUUAAAAAUCCUCUUCUCAAAAAUAACAAAGCCAUAAUUGAUCAUAUUUAUAUGGAAGCAUCCUCAGGUACUGUAGAUUCAAGUUUGUUCAAAUCAUGACCCCCGAGGGUAU